ACUCCAGAGGCGGCAGCGAGCUAGAGCCCGAGUCGCAGCUCCGGGCCGCAGAGCACUGGGCGAGCGCGAGCGCGAGCGCGAGGGGACCUGCAAGGCGGGCAGCUGCGCGCGCGGCUGGAAUCGUGCUAUACUGAAAACACACUUGAUCAAGAGAACUCUGGGAGAGGCCAGAAACCCUGUCCCAGGGACAGAAAAGAAAAAGAAAGAAAGUUAACCAGAAUUUCUUCUUAAACCUGUCUCAGAAAAAAACAACGUAUUUUAAGCAGAGAUUUAUGUUGCUAUGAGGACAGAUUCAUCAAAAAUGACUGAUGUGGAACUUGGGGUCACCAAUUUUGCAUCUUCAGCAAGGGCGGGCCGCCGGAAUGCCUUACCAGACAUCCAGAGUUCAGCUGCCACAGGCGGAACCUCAGAUUUGCCCCUCAAACUGGAGGCUCUCUCUGUGAAGGAAGAUGUAAAGGAGAAAGAUGAAGAAACAACACAAGACCAAUUGGAAAAGCCUCAAAAUGAAGGAAAAUGAAAGCUCAUAAUCUAUCAAGAGUGCUGAAUUUCUGCAUGUUGAAAGACUUAGUGGUUCUGUUUUCCUGAGUUAUUUAAUCUGGUGGUAAAUAUGAUAACAUUGCAUCCCUAAGCAGCAUGUGUAUAUUAGAUAAUUGUGUUGCAAAACUACUCACUUGGAUUGCAAUGAUGAUGUCCAAUGUAGGGUAUUAAAAGACAGGUUACUUCCAAAUUGCACCAAAGGAAAAGGUCAAGAAUAAUACAUGAUCACGCAAAUACAUACCUUUGUCUCUAAAUCCAACAAAAUUCACUGUUCUCUUUUGCAUUUAUUUAGACUGAUGUAUUUUUAAUUCAAUUUUUAUGGUGAUGGGAAAAUCAUUUCCUGAUAAAUGUAAAUCGAACACCAUUGAUUUAAAACUUCAUGAAAUUUGUAGAAAAUUUUGUGCUUUUUUUGGUGAGAAUGAACACUAGUCAAAAUUCACAUGGAUAGAGUGUGUUUGGUUUUAGCCAAAAAUACCCCAGAUUUUUUCCCAUACCUCAAAAGAGAUUUGGAAAAAUUAUAAAAGUUUGAUAAUGGAAACGUCUUUAGGAUGCUUUUGUCUGACAUAUUUUGCUUCUAGUAUGUGCCUACUGUGAUUUUUUUCAUGCGGGAAAUGCAAAAUUUGUAACAAAAUGAUUAUAUGGAACAUCUCUAUUAAAUGAAUUUUACUAUCUUCCUUA